AUGGUAGGAAAGAACUGCUUCGCCAUCGCUAGUGAUCGGAGACUUGGAGUUCAACUCCAAACUAUCGCCAUCGACUUCCAGAGGAUUUCUAAAAUCCACGAUCGCUUCUUUCUCGGUCUCUCCGCCCUCGCCACUGUUGCUCAAACCUUGUAUCAAAGGCUUGUCUUUCGGCACGAGCUGUACCAGCUAAGAGAAGAAAGGGACAUGAAAUCUGAGACUUUUGCUAACCUUGUUUCUGCUAUUCUUUACGAGAAAAGAUUUGGUUCAUACUACUGCCAACCUGUAAUUGCUGGAUUAGGAGAUGAAGACAAACCCUUCAUUUGCACCAUGGAUUCCAGUGGAGUUGCUAGAGAGGCGGCGACUUGA